GGCAAUUCCGAGUAAAGCAACUCUUUGACAACCAAAUCAAGAGUAUUCUUCACGGCAUCUCGAUCACAAAGCACAACACCUCACGAAUGUCGAAAUAGCCGAGUAUGCCACCAAAGCAAGUAAGAGUGGACUCCGACACCAUCUACCGCUCCGAGACUCCGUUACGACAGAAGAAGUUUCCAAACCGACGACGCAGUGUACGAUCAUCUGGUGUCAGUACUCCAGCUCCACUACGCCAGCAGUCCACCUUGACACAACAACCGCACUGGCCUGUAUCCCGCACUUCGCCUGUCUCUGAAGAGGACAUUGAGGACGACCACGAGGACGAGGACGGAGCAUACGAAGAGGAUGAGCUGGAAAGAUCAAGACCGAAAAGGAAGAAACGCAAGAGUGAGGGCAAUAGCGAUGGCAAAAAACAGACAACCAUGACACAGUUCGUCCCAUCUUCGUUCAUUGGAGAGCGCUAUGACGGGCCGGCCGAUCUGCUAGUGCAAUUCGCACGACCCGACUCUUUCGACGGCGUUCGAGAUUCACAAUCACAACCAGCACUUGAUUGCAUUCAGGAUAUAGAUCAGGAUGACGAGGACGUGAACGCCGUCGAAGAAAACGAUGCAGAGGUGGACGACGAUGACACCCAACAAAAGGGACACAGCCAGAGGACACACACGAGCUCAGAGCUAGGCGACGAGAGAGUAGACUCAGCCUUCCCAAAACAGCAGGCACGACUGCGGCCAAGCCCAGAAUUAUCAGUACCCGUCAUGCACUUGAGGACGCCCAAAAGAAGAUUCAUGUCUGAGAUUCCCUCAUCCAACACUCCACAGAGUGCCAUCAUAUCCAUCUGCUCAGCUAAGACGAUGCGCUCACCCGACCGUUCGCCUCUGCGUUCCAAGAGUAUUAAUGCAUGGUCGCAACAUCACUCUCCCGAGGACACGCGCAUGAGCCCUGUUCCCGAAAGUCCUGUCAAACCCAUCUCCCCCUUCCGCCUAUCACCUGUCAAGCGACGAGCCACCUUCCUCGUACCUGACAAGCCUCCAGCCCUUCAGCACCGUAGUACCAUACCGGACUCUGAAGAUACAGCCACCCAAGUCACCCCCUUCAAAAAGGCAAAGUUCCGCAGUCAAAUACCUGAUACCCAGAUGGACAUGUUCGGCGAAGAGAUCGAUCCCGUCACCGAGACACAGUAUCCUGUUGACACCUAUACGCAAUAUGGAGGAACAUACUAUGCAGAGAACGAUUACAGCUAUAACAUAGACCCUGUCUGCAGCGCUCUGGACCGCGAUGCUGCUCGCUUCUUACAGACCCAACGCUUACGAGAUCAGGCCGGCUACGAUGCCUUUCAUAAAGCGCAAAGCUUCUCUCAAGCUGAAGAAGAUCAAGCGGAACAACAAGCUGAAGAAGCACGGAUUGAACGGAACGAAGAACCUGUCCCCAGCACGGUGCAGUCACAAGAGCUCGGCGAUGACUUGCCUGUUCCAGCCUCGCAACACGAAACCCCAGCGGAGGAAGAUGAUUCACCGACGCAGUCACCACAUUCCUCGCCUCAGCCUCCUCGCAGACCAUAUGAGUCUGACGAUAUCGAGGAAUUGGAUCUGACUGGCGACAUCAUACUGCCUAAGACCUCCGUGAGGGAAGUUAUACAGAUUCAAUCCUCUCCGACUAGCAAGAGUGUCAGUAGCGGAAAGUAUCCGUCUUCGCCACCACUUGUUGUCGAGAACGAUGCACGUCUUCGAGCCGAAGCGGAAGAACGACUGAACAACGCCGAACGACGUUCGUCCCCACCUCUUCCCAUCAUCCUCCCACUACCACCCUCGCAAGCCAGCACAGUCGGUGGCACACAGCUGUUCCAUUCUCUCCAUAAGUUCGGCAAAAUGACCGCGUAUGUGAGCAGUAGCCCGCCACCUCAACCACCAUCCACAUCAUCACCUUCUCCAGAAGCAAAACAUCUAAGGAAGUUCCUCGCGAUGUACGACUCUGAUGAUGAUGCCGAGGACGAUAUAGAUGAGGAACAACCACAGCUACCUAAUUACGAUGAUGGCGACGAUGACAUGGAUCUGGACUUCGUACCACAACGACGCCGUGAACAAGAUCAAGAACCAGAAUUCGAGGACGACAGUGUGUCGGAACAUGACGGAAAUCACACAAGGCUCAGGGAUCUUCUGCCAGAUACCCUCCUCGACUUCUCACUUCCACCGCCACCCACACAGAGCUCUGUAAGAAGUACAAGAUCUUGAUUUUGCAAUGGAGAGGGAUUGAGAAGGAAGACGUGGUUGAACAGACUUGACGGAUGUCAGAACAUGAAAUGCAGUUUCAACAUGAUAAACAAGUAUCUGUAUUUCCUGAUCAUAAGAGUCGUGUGUGACUUUUCAAUUGCCACUGACCAUGUGCAGCUGUCAUACUCUGUUGUUGUAAACGGUGUCCCACCCUCCCGAGCCCCAUGGGUAUCGACGGUCAGUAAAAUGUCUAAUCUUGCGAAUAGCAUUUUCCCUUACAUCCAGUCGCUACUCUUGUUAAGCAACCCUGUGCUAAGCAAUGAUUCAACACACCUUAUAGGUGUACAUGGUGGCUUGGCGUCACAUGUUGACAUCCUAUUGGAGCGACCAGCGCCCUGCAGUCAGUUGUGUAUGAGUAGACCUACUCGAGUACCUGCUGGUACUACCAAGUAGAGUCUCGAGUAUUGGGAUCAUCAGAAUAUAUAAUUAGAUAAUCG